AGCGUUGAAACAGUUCCUAUCCCACAAAGAUGGCUUCUCCGUCUUCUUCCUCUGAACUCCCUCUGAAACCCAUUCCAGGCGGCUAUGGCUUCCCCUUCCUUGGAGCAAUCAAAGACCGAUACGACUACUUCUACUUCCAGGGAAAAGACGAAUUCUUCCGCUCACGAGUCACCAAAUACCGCUCCACCGUCUUCCGUGCCAACAUGCCGCCGGGCCCCUUCAUCUCCUCCGACUCCAGAGUCGUCGUCCUUCUCGACGCUCUCACCUUUCAGAUCCUUUUUGAUACUUCUAAGGUCGAGAAACGCAAUCUUCUCGAUGGAACUUACAUGCCCUCCUUGUCCUUCACCGGCGAUAUUCGCACCUGCGCCUAUUUGGACCCAUCGGAAACAGAGCACUCUGUUUUGAAAAAGCACUUCCUCUGUUUUCUUGCAUCUCGUCACGACAGGUUUAUCCCUCUGUUCCGAAGCUCCUUGUCGGAGAUGUUUAUUAAACUUGAAGAUAAAAUCGCCGAGAAGAAUAAGGUUGUCGAUUUCAACCCGAUUAGUGAUUCCAUGUCGUUUGACUUCAUAUUCCGGCUGCUCUCCGACGGAACCCCUGACUCUAAACUGGCAGCCGAUGGACCUGGAAUGUUCGAUAAAUGGCUCACUUUCCAGCUCGCCCCACUGGCUUCCAUUGGGUUGCCGAAGAUAUUCUCAAUUUUAGAAGAUCUCGUCAUUCACACCAUGCCACUGCCUUUCUUUCUUGUCAAAAGUGGUUACAGGAAGCUUUACAAUGCGUUUUACUCCUGCUCUGAUUCGUUUCUAGCCGAAGCGGAGAAACAGGGGAUAAACAGAGAGAAAGCGUGUCACAAUUUAGUGUUUCUGGCCGGAUUCAAUGCGUACGGCGGAAUGAAAGUACUUUUCCCGAUUUUGUUGAAGUGGGUCGGCACCGCUGGAGAGAAGCUUCACCGGAAUCUCGCCGACGAAAUCAGAGCCGCCGUGAAGGAAGAAGGGGGAUUAACAUUUAGCGCAAUAGAGAAGAUGAGUCUAUUGAAAUCCGUCGUGUACGAAGCGCUGAGAAUCGAGCCGCCGGUGCCGUUCCAGUACGCGAAAGCGAAGGAGGACAUCGUGGUACAGAGCCACGAUUCCGCUUUCAAGAUAAAGAAAGGGGAGACCAUUUUUGGGUAUCAGCCGUUUGCAACUAAAGAUGGAAGGGUUUUUGAGAAUCCAGAGAAGUUCAUCGGCGACAGGUUCGUCGGAGAAGAAGGGGAGAAGCUUCUGAAGUAUGUGUACUGGUCGAACGGUAGGGAGACAGAGGAGCCGACGCCGGAGGACAAGAUGUGUCCGGGUAAAAAUCUGGUGGUGCUGAUGGCCAGAGUUAUUGUAGUGGAAUUCUUCCUCCGUUACGACACGUUCUCCGUCGAGGUCAACGAUUUGCCAUUGGGUCCGUCGGUGAAGAUCACGUCCGUCACGAAAGCCGCUGCCAAGGUCUGACAGAAAUGGUCCCCCCCCCCCUUUUAUCCAAGAAUAAUUGAAGAACACAGAUGAUCAACGGUGGGGAUUAAAAGAGCAAGUUCUUCGUUCUCCACGUGGUUUUAUCUUCACAUCAAUCAUUUUUAGGAUUUAACUAGAAUAAAUAA